GUCUUGUCGAUUUUCUUCUCUUGCUGUGCUUUUGAAACAGGUUGGUUUUUUCAUCUUUGAACAUGGGUAAAGAGAAAAUCCACAUCAACAUCGUCGUCAUCGGCCAUGUCGACUCCGGCAAGUCUACAUCGACCGGUCACUUGAUCUACAAAUGCGGUGGUAUCGACAAACGUACAAUAGAAAAGUUCGAAAAAGAAGCUCAAGAAAUGGGCAAGGGUUCCUUCAAAUACGCCUGGGUUCUGGAUAAGCUGAAAGCCGAACGCGAAAGAGGUAUCACCAUCGAUAUAGCCCUGUGGAAAUUCGAGACUGCCAAAUACUACGUUACGAUCAUCGACGCCCCAGGGCACAGGGAUUUCAUCAAGAACAUGAUCACUGGAACCUCUCAGGCCGACUGCGCUGUACUCAUUGUGGCUGCGGGUACAGGCGAAUUCGAGGCUGGAAUCUCCAAGAACGGCCAGACCAGAGAACACGCUUUGCUGGCCUUCACUCUGGGAGUCAAGCAACUCAUCGUCGGCGUGAAUAAAAUGGAUUCGACUGAACCACCCUAUUCCGAGACUCGUUUCGAAGAGAUCAAGAAGGAGGUGUCUUCGUACAUCAAGAAGAUCGGUUACAAUCCGGCCGCUGUUGCUUUCGUUCCGAUUUCCGGUUGGCAUGGGGACAAUAUGCUGGAGCCGUCUGACAAGAUGCCAUGGUUCAAGGGGUGGGCGGUAGAAAGGAAGGAAGGGAAGGCCGACGGUAAAUGUCUGAUCGAAGCCCUUGAUGCUAUUUUGCCUCCUUCUCGUCCUACCGAAAAGCCACUGAGACUUCCGCUUCAGGAUGUCUACAAAAUCGGUGGUAUCGGUACGGUACCGGUAGGCAGAGUGGAAACGGGCGUCCUCAAGCCGGGCAUGGUCGUCACUUUCGCCCCCGUCGGCCUCACCACCGAGGUCAAGUCCGUGGAGAUGCACCACGAGGCGCUGCAGGAGGCCGUGCCCGGCGACAACGUCGGCUUCAACGUCAAAAACGUGUCGGUGAAGGAGCUGCGACGCGGGUUCGUGGCCGGCGACUCGAAGAGCAACCCGCCCCGAGGGGCCUCCGACUUCAUGGCGCAGGUCAUCGUGCUGAACCACCCCGGGCAGAUCGCGAACGGGUACACGCCCGUGCUGGACUGCCACACGGCCCACAUCGCGUGCAAGUUCGCCGAGAUCAAGGAGAAGUGCGACCGUCGUACGGGCAAGACCACCGAGGAGAACCCGAAGGCGAUCAAGUCGGGCGACGCCGCCAUCGUUAACUUGGUGCCGUCGAAGCCGAUGUGCGUCGAGUCGUUCCAGGAGUUCCCUCCGCUGGGGCGCUUCGCCGUAAGAGACAUGAGACAGACGGUGGCCGUGGGGGUGAUCAAGUCGGUCAACUUCAAGGAUACCACCGGUAAAGUGACGAAGGCCGCGGAGAAGGCACAGAAGAAGAAAUAACUAGGCAUAGCUGGACGUGCUGCCAAGGGCGCCAAGACCAUCUUCAUCAGCAGUUUUUAUUUUUUGGAUAGGCGGCAGCAGCAGAAUUAUUUUCAUCGAAAGGAGUUCCGAAGGAAAGAUGAUGCGUUUAUUGGUUUAGUUUUUAUUUAAUUUAUUGUAAAGUUCUUUUGACUGUUAUCUUUAUCGGAAUGGCAUUUUUGAUGUAGGGUAAGUUACUUUAUUGAUAUUAUUCAUAAUGAUAUUUAUAAUUUGUUUUUCGUUAACUUGAUGAAUGAUAGACUUGAUAAUGAUGUACCUACCUAUGUAGAAGCUUCUGAUAAUAACCAAUAAAGAAGUUCAG